AUGGUGCAGGUUCCAAUUAAUUCAAAGUCUAAUUCAUUUUUAUUGCCUAUAGAGCUACCCAGUUCAGCACAUGAUGUAAGGGCCUCCACACUUGGUAAUCUUUCUUCUCCUAUUGGUUCCCCUCCAUUAAAUUCUAAUAAUUCUCUUCCUUUAAGUGAUGCACCUAUUUACUCACCGAGUCUUCCCUCAAACUCAAAUUCCAUUUCAAAUUUAAAUUCUCACUCCAUUGUUAAUUCCCCUCCUAAUAAUGACAAUUCAAUUCUUCCCCAACAUGAUAAUAUUGCUCAUAACGUUACUAAUUCUAGUGGUCUAGAAUCAGUUGUGCAUUUGGCAGGUAAUCAAAGAGGCAAUCCCAGUCAUGGCCGUAAUGACACAAGAUACAAUCUUCGCCCAAAACCCCCACCAAAUCCCAAGUAUACUAUUCCUCAUGCACUUUUGACAGAAGCUACCUCUCAACAUGAGCCCACAUGUUUCUCUGAAGCCAAUAAGCACAAGCAUUGGCGAGCAGCAAUGAAUGAUGAGCUCAAUGCACUGAUACAUAAUGGCACAUGGUCUCUUGUUCCAUAUAAUCCUUCUAUGAAUGUUGUUGGUUGCAAGUGGGUCUUUCGUGUCAAACGCAAGGUGGAUGGUACUAUAGAUCGCUACAAAGCAAGGUUGGUUGCUAAGGGUUUUCAUCAACAAGAGGGCGUUGAUUACACUGAGACAUUCAGUCCUGUUGUAAAAGCCACCACCAUUCGCAGGAGUAUUAUUAUUUAUGUUCUCAUAUACGUUGAUGAUAUCAUCAUCACUGGAAAUAACGGUGCUGCCAUUAACAAUGUCAUCUCCACUAUAAGCUUGCAAUUCGCUUUGAAGGACCUAGGCAAGUUGCAUUACUUUUUGGGUAUUGAGGUGAUCCCACAAUCUGGAGGUCUUCUUCUCUCUCAACGAAAAUACAUCCUUGAUCUUCUCAAACGAUCUGAUUUGGCAGACAUGAAGCCCACUCAUACUCCUAUGGCCUCAUCCACCAAGCUUAGUAAAAUUGGUGGCGAACCACUUGCUAAUCCACAACAAUACCGAAGCAUUGCAGGUGCCCUUCAAUAUGUAACUUUAACCCGCCCGGAACUUGCCUUUUCUGUCAACAAGGUGUGUCAAUUCAUGUACAACCCCACCACUGAGCAUUGGACAGCAGUUAAAAGAAUCCUUCGAUACCUCAAGCACACUCUUUCCCAUUGUCUUUUCCUAAGCAAAUCUCCCUCUAAUGGCAUUCAAGCCUUUUGUGAUGCAGAUUGGGCUGGAUGUCCAGAUGAUCGCCAAUCAACUGGUGGCUAUGUAAUUUAUCUUGGUUGUAAUCUAGUAUCGUGGUCUGCCAAAAAGCAACCGACUGUUGCUAGAUCUUCCACCGAGGCCUAA